GUGGGGAAAUUAUGCUUCUAAUUGCUCUACUUCUAACACCACGGAAGGAGACAUCCUCUCCUCAAUCCCUAAUGAUACCCGCAUCCCAUCUUGGGCCUAUCUCUUGCCAAGCCAAAACAACCAUUGGUACAAUGCCCCGCUAUCCAAAAAGACUGGAAGGGCGCCAGAGAAUCAGAGACUAAUCAACCCCACUGGAGUCUUCGACUACAAUCCCCCUAAAGCCUCUUGCUCUGGUGGACCUAAGGACGAUUCGGGUGGAGGUGGUAAGGGUAUGAAAAAAACUACAAUCAUAGGGAUUGCUGUCGGCGGGGCGGCUGGCGUCAUAAUUAUUGGGACCGCCGCUUAUGUUGUUCGCACCAGGAGCAGAUCAGCAGCUAGAAAGACUCCUCCAACGGCUACCAAUGGUCUACGAACUUCCGCAGGAUUUGGAGCGAUCGCAGGUCGCGAUACAGGUGACUUUGUGGGUUCAGCGGGUGGAGUGGUUCAGGUGCCAUCGGCGGCUCACGGGGUUAGUACGGCGGUUGGGAUGGCUGGAAAUCGUGCGCCAUUUGCUUUCGGAGGUGCCCCAGUGGCGGCGCCGGUUGUCAGGACAUUUGCAGAAUCAGGGUUUGGCGUCACCGAGAAUCCCAAUGUUUUCACUUCCAUAGGGCCGGGCACAGGCACAGCAGCCGCUCCCAGAACGAGAGCCUCUAUUAGCUCUGCCCGUACCUAUGCAUCUAGAACUGCAACUUCACCUGUCACUGCAGCCUCAUUUUAUCCUCCUGAAGUGGCAAACGCCACUAAUGCAGGGUCAUUGUCACCCACUCAAUCUCCAUCUUACUUGAGUGAUUCAGCGCCCCGAUCGCCAGAGAGCGCCAGCCCUGGCCUCUCGUCCCCCCAGCCUUUCCUCCCACGAACCCAAAUCCACCAUAUUCGGACGGUAAUGAGUCUCAACCCAAUCAAGGUCUGCCGUAUUACGCGACCUACUUCACUGAAGCCUACGAAACAAACUGAGGUUUCGAAAUUGUAUUCUGGGGAAAAUGCAAUCUGCAUUAUUCGUCUACACAAAACAAUCGCCUUCAACUCGAGCGACGCAGAAGGUCAUCGGCUAGGUUACUAGGGCAGGUUGUUUCCGCUGAUGUCAGGAGGAUUUCAUCGCUUUGCUCGCCGAGUAUGCAUGCAUACCUGAG